AUUGAAUACAUUACAGAGAGGCUUGCUCUAUCGUGCUGGAAGGUUUCGCUACAAUGCAGACUGAUGUGUGUUCUUCUUAACAGGUUGGAGCACAAUAUCGGUAUCUCGAAAUGCAUGCUGCGACAAACGGUUUCUUCAUUUGUUUCCUCUCCAUACUCGUCUGUAUGUACAAACGGGGGCUUUAGACAACCGCUGAGAACCUUUACGUGGAGUAAUCUGAAAGUUAAUUGGAUCGUGGGCCUUUCGACGACACUUGUGUGUUUUGCAGACUCGACUCCCACAUUGUUUUACAGCGCGCGAGGAAGCGAGAGGACAGAUUUAGCGACAAAUUGCCGACAAUGAGCGUGGAAUUACCUCCAGUCGCAACAUGGCUGCUGCUUAGAUGUUUAUUGGAAAAGUUCAGCCCUGAACAUUAGGAAAGUUUUUAAAAUAAUCCACGUCGCAAGAAAAGAACUUUCCUGGCGUAAUUCAGCUCUGGACUGGACUGGACAGGACUACACAGGGAAUCAGAGCGAGUCAUUCAGUUUGGUCUGUGCAUGACAGCAGACCAGCACCGAAGGGCUUUCCGUGAACACUCUCGCCUUUAACAGCAUUUUCACCUCGGUCAAAGACUUGUGAUCUUACAGCAGAAAAUGCAUUUCUCCAUCCCCGAGACGGAGGUUCGCUCUGAUGAACAUGGCUCGACUUAUGUGGCUUACAAUAUCCAUGUAAAUGGUGUCUUGCAUUGUCGAGUACGUUACAGCCAACUCCUGGGCCUCCAUGAACAGAUCAAAAAAGAAUAUGGAAAUAAUGUGGUGCCAGCUUUUCCACCAAAGAAGAUCUUCACCCUCACACCGGUUGAAGUCGAUCAGAGGAGAGAACAGCUAGAGAAAUAUAUGCAAGCCGUGCGUCAGGACCCCAUUCUGGGAUCCAGUGAGAUGUUCAACAGCUUUUUGAGAAAAGCUCAACAGGAGACUCAGCAGAUUCCCACUGAGGAGGUGCAGCUAGAAAUCUACCUGUCCAAUGGCCAGAAGGUCAAAGUCAACAUCCUCACAUCGGACCAGACUGAAGAUGUUCUGGAGGCUGUGGCCUCAAAGCUCGACCUUCCUGAUGAGCUGGUGGGAUAUUUCAGCCUCUUCCUGGUUCAGGAGAGGGGGGAUGGGGGCUGCACUUACGUGAGAAAACUGCAAGAAUUUGAGCUGCCCUACGUGUCCAUCACCAGCCUGCAUAGUCCCGACUACCGCAUCAUCCUCCGUAAAAGCUACUGGGACACAGCGUACGACAGUGAUGUCAUGGAGGACCGUGUGGGACUCAACUUGUUAUAUGCUCAGACGGUGUCUGACAUAGAGCGGGGCUGGAUGAUUGUGAACAAAGAGCAGCACAGACAGCUGAAAUCCCUGCAGGAGAAAGGCUCAAAAAAGGAGUUCAUCAGAUUGGCUCAGACUCUGAAGUACUAUGGCUACAUCAAGUUUGAUCCCUGCAUCACAGAUUUUCCUGAGAAGGGCUGUCAUGUUAUAGUUGGGGCCGGCAACAACGAACUCAACUUUCACGUCAAAUUGCCCAGUGAUCAGAUGAAAGAGGGCAGCUUCAAAGUCACGCGCAUGAGAUGCUGGCGGGUCACCUCAUCUCAGGUGCCUGUGGCGAACGGUACCGCAAACCCAAGCAGUUCCAGUAAAUGUGACGUGAAACUAGAGCUGGCCUUCGAGUACUUGAUGAGCAAAGACCGUCUGCAGUGGGUCACCAUCACCAGUCCACAGGCUAUCAUGAUGAGUAUCUGUCUGCAGUCUAUGGUAGAUGAGCUGAUGGUGAAGAAAUCUGGCGGAAGCAUUAAAAAGCAGAUGCAGAAGAAGCGACUGAACGGCUCGUUCCAGCGCUCUGACAGUCAGCAAGCUGUGAAGUCUCCUCCAUUACUGGAUUCCCCGGAUCCCAGCCGUGAACAAGUAGUCAAACUCUCUACCAAGCUGUCUUCUGUCUCCCUGAGAGGACUAAGUUCUUCCAACUCAGCCAGUGACAUCAGCAGCAAUGAUUUCCAUGGAAACUACUCCUUUGAAGGAAUAGGGGACGAUGACCUGUGAUGGAGUCAUCCUCAAAGACAGAUUCAUUUAGCCGUUUCUCUGCGACAAGUGUAGUUUAAUAAAUGCCCAGUUCUGCUGUUUUGUAAUGCAUUUUUGAA